AUGACAAGUGUGGAAACCCGCAUCCAGGCGCUGGUUCAGCGAUAUACACUCAUGGAGAAUAAUAUCAAUAAGUUGAGGAAGGCCUUGGCAUCACUGGGCGAAGGGCAGCAGAAUGCAAAUACAACUCCCAGGAAUGAGGCAACGGCAGUGGCACAUCAUCGUGACCCUUGUGACUUAAAGGAACUCCAGCCAUGCCCUCAGGAUACUCCCGAAGUGGCGGCUCUGCGUCGCUGGUGCAUCGAGCAUUCCCUCACCACUGCAGUUUUUCGUUGGGUGCCCUCCGACUACUAUCAGCACACGCUGCAGUGGCGUCGGGACGAGCUUGCCGCCCCCAGCGUUCAUCAUCUGUGCAAGUCAAUUCUCAUGGAAAAUACUCACUGCACCAACAAGGAUUGCGGCGUCCGAGAAAACUCUCGGUACUAUCUUAUUGUGUACCCCUACACGGAGAAGUUUGACGCGGAGAUGGUCAUGCGGCAUGUGAAGGGUUUGAACGAGGGACUUGGCAAGAAAAAGUUCAACUUUCGCCUUGCCGCGCCAGAUGUUGCACUACAGUUAACCGGCUUUGGUCACGGCGCUGUCGCUCCAUUCGGCACACCGACGGAAAUUCCAGUAAUUCUGAGCGACAAAAUCUUACAACUUACACCGGCAGUGUUUUGGAUGGGUGGUGGGCAUGUGGACUGCAAAGUGCGGGUCGAUGUGGAGCAGUUCAUGGAGGUGAUAAAACCUAUUGUGGCGUCCGUCACGACACCGCUAAGCGCUGAGGAGUUGGGGCAGUUGGUGGACUGA